UCAUCCUGCAGACCUGUUCCUAGAGAACUGGGAUUUGUCUCUUGAGCAAUAGUAAGCAAGUCCUGCUAACUCCUGCUUCUCCGUCGUUUAUUCAUAUGAACACAACUGUCUCUUAACGCCCCCUCACUCACUCACCGCCUCUCCAGAGCCGCCUCAAGAAUUACUACCAAAAAGCAACAGGAAUACAUGUCUAAACUGCAAAGGAGGAAAAGCAGUAGGAUUCCUGCCAUGAAAUCUCUCUAAGAGGAGAAAAGCAGCGAAACCUAGAAAAUCUACAUCCACCCACGGGCAGGAGACAGGGGGAGAGAGAAAGAAAGAAAGAAAGAAAGAAAGAGAGAGAGUGGAGGGUAACGUGAAAGAGGGGAGAAAGAAAGAGCGAGGGAUAACAGUCGAUGGAUGCUGCUUGGACACUUUGGUCGGUACAAUCUUCAGUGAAAAGGACCGGAGAGCUGCAGGGAUGGAUGGGAAGGGAAGACACAUUCCUCCAGCCAUGGUGUGGUGCGAGCGAGGAAUUCAGGUGCUUCUCACCACUGUGGGAGCAUUCGCAGCCUUCGCCUUGAUGACCGUGGCCAUUGGCACGGACUACUGGCUGUACGCUCGGGCCUUUAUCUGCAACAGCACUGCCAACUCCUCUCAGGAUGACCCCCACAACAAGGACAAGAAGGAUCCUGGAGCACUCACUCACUCCGGCCUCUGGAGGAUUUGCUGCCUGGAAGGAUUAAAGAGAGGAGUGUGUUCCCAGAUUAAUCAUUUCCCAGAUGAGGCUGAUUAUGACCAGGAUGCUGCAGAGUACCUUUUACGUGUAGUCAGGGCCUCCAGUAUAUUUCCUAUCCUCAGUGCCAUAUUAUUGCUGCUAGGUGGAGUGUGUGUGGCUUCUAGUCAGUUCUACAAAACCAAAAGACACAUUAUUUUGGGAGCAGGCAUUUUGUUUGUAGUGGCAGGCCUGAGCAACAUCAUAGGUGUCAUCGUAUACAUCUCAGCGGCGCUCAGUGACAUCUCUCCCAAAAAGGAUGAGGACAAGAAGUGGCACUACUCCUACGGGUGGUCCUUCUACUUUGGCGGCCUGUCGUUCAUACUGGCAGAAGUGGUAGGUGUGCUGGCCGUCAACAUUUACAUCGAGCGCAACAAAGAACUGCGCUGUCGUUCGCGUACUGACCUCUUCCGCAGCACAACCUCGGCUGUGUUACGCCUGCCGGGAUAUCGCUUCCGCCGGCGCUCCUCCCGCUCCAGCUCACACUCCACAGCGGAGCCGACCCGCUCCCGCGAGCAGUCCCCCACCUCCACCAUUGCUCCCAAGAACUUCGGCCCGCCCCUGGCUGCCGGCCCGCCACCAUUUUCAGUAGCAACGCUACCCAAUCCGCAUACGCACUCCGGAGGGGGGAUGGGGGAUAUAUCCAUGUACACGCUAGGCAGGGAAGGUAAGCCGCCCAUGUACGGUACAGUCGACCGUGCAACGCUCUACCAGCUGCACAAUUACUUUACCACAAAGGAGGGUGGAGGAGGAGCGCACAUGACAGGAACACUGCCUUCUCAGUCCAAGUCGAACCUGGCUGCAUCGACCAAUGCCACCCUCAGUACCUCGUCUUCCUCCGGCCCCCAGCAGCAGCCACUGUCUACCGGCUCCUCCGCCACCAUGGAGCGGGAUCGAGGACUGGGUACCUUGGAUCGACUUGGUAAAGGAGACAGUUCAAACACUAACACUCUCAACAGGAGAACAACACCUGUGUAACGAAAGGCUGGAGGGGGAGGGAAGAGAGUGAUGGGGAAAACAAGCGAUUACAUGAAUUGAAAGUAAACUGGGAAGGGGGGAGGGACCGGAGAUUGGAAAAAAGCAAGAAAGGGCUGAGAAACAGAACAAGGUCCACUUGCAAGACAACAAACAAGUGAAUAAGAAGGCAAUACAUCAUUUUUUUUCUCAUUUUUGAACAUGGUGACUUGAGUAACAUAAUUCCAUCCGCACUUCUUAUUGAUUCAUGUUGAAAUAAUCGAUGUGUGUGAUGGUGAUCUUUCGGUUCUUCAAGCUCUUUCAAUUCCAGUGCUUUAUCAUCGGGUUAUGCCUGUAACUUAUUUAGCAUUCCAAUAGAGUUGUUGUUUGUUUAUUUUUUUAUUAUGCUAACUGUCAUUGCUGGGUUAACUUAUUCAUUAUACAUUUUAAUCAAGGUAUUUUGUUUUUGCACAAUUAUUCAUCAUCAUUUUAAUUUAUUUCCUUUCGAUUGAUGAAGUCAAACUGUGAUUUUUUUUUUUCUUGCACAUGUUGACACUUUAUUUCACAUGUCAUUCAGUGUCAAGCAUGUGUUAAUUUUGCGGGAGAGUAACGACUAUUACUAUUAUUAUUAUGACUUUUUUAGUUUUUACAAAGAUUGUUAAUAUCUAGAUCUGUGGAAUCUUUCAUUGUAACCGUAAGUGUACAAGUAGUUAAGUCUUCAUAUAAAUAUAUUUGAUUUAUUUAUCAUAUUAACAGUCUUAAUAUUGCUAUGAUGGCAUAAUAAUUGUAAAGAAACUGCUUUUGAGACUGGAAGUCAAAAAAAGAGAAAAAGAAAGAGAAUACAGAAGUGAAAGACAUUUAUUCCAGGGGAGCAAUACAUAUACCUAAAAAACCUCACAAGAAAAGACAAAAAAAUCUAUUAAAUAUAUAGUAUAUUAUGAUUAUAAAUAUAUAUAUAUAUAUAUAAUUUGGUGUGCGUGUGUGUGGGAAAAAUUUUUUUUUGGUAAAAUAAAAUAUGAUAUAUUCUAUGAAUGUGUAAAACAGAUCUAUGUGCAUACUGUUAGCAGUUUUGACUGCAGCAUAUCAUUUUCAUGUUUAUUUGUAACUUUGUAUGCAUGAUUCAUAUCUAAUAUAUGAUAUAUUCAUAAUGCUCUGCCUUUUGCAUCACAUUUAUGUGCUCAU